AUGUUCGAGAUUUCAUUUUGAUGCUCGCUUUUAAGAUUCUUUUCUCUCUGUCAUGUGGAUUUGAAGUUGGAACUGCAUUUCUUCAUCUGUUUCUGGCAUCAAGAUUUCUCCUUUGGUCUCACAAAAAUGUUAAACUAGACCCCCAAUUCCUCGCUUCUUUUUUCCUCAUCGACCUUCUUUGUGUUCGAUCUCUCUAUCAUAGAAAAUGGCGGGAAAAGGAGGGAAGGGACUUUUGGCUGCAAAAACCACGACUGCUAACAAGGACAAAGAUAAGGAUAAGAAAAGGCCUGUUUCGAGGUCAUCCCGUGCCGGAAUCCAGUUUCCUGUGGGUCGUAUCCAUAGACAGCUGAAACAAAGGAUCCAAGCGAAUGGGCGUGUUGGGGCAACAGCUGCAGUUUACUUGGCCUCCAUUCUUGAAUACCUGACAGCUGAGGUUCUUGAGCUUGCUGGAAAUGCAAGCAAAGAUCUGAAAGUGAAGAGGAUCACACCCAGGCAUCUGCAGCUUGCUAUCAGAGGAGACGAGGAACUUGAUACCCUUAUUAAGGGCACCAUUGCUGGUGGGGGUGUCAUCCCUCAUAUUCACAAGUCCCUCAUCAACAAGACCUCCAAAGAAUGACCAGCUUUCCCUCUGAAUUCUCAGUUCGUAUGGCCUGUCUUCUCAUCAAGUUGACUUUAUCAUAGUUAGUGGUAGCGUAGGCUGUUUAAUUUAAUCCUUGGUUUAGAAUUCAAGUGUUAGUGUGUAAAUGGUCUUGGUGAAUGGUGAUGUUCUGUCUUUUAACUAGAGUUGUAAUUGUAAUGCAGUUGGUGGAUGGUUUCAUAGACGUUUAUUCCAGCCUUUUGCGAUUCUGUAACGAAUUCUGCUAAUGCUUAUCAUGGUUGUAUUCAUUUGGCGGUUUACUAGUGUUUGUUGCCAUGAUCUA